AUGGAUCGCCGCAUCCUCAGGAGCUUGUCGUGCAACGGCAGCGGUAAGAACCCGCCCCCUUCCUCUCCGGCUGCGGUCUCACGGUCUGCGUCCUCCGGCGGCAUCGGCUCCAAGGACGACGACGCUGCCGGCGAGCGCAAGGCGCUGCUGCCGCGGCAGCCGGCUGGCGGCAUGGCGCGGAAGGGCCGCAAGGGGCCCAAACGCCGUGUGCAGUGGAAAGAUAGGCAUGGCAGCAAGCUCAUCGAUGUCAGGGAAUUCCAGCCUAGGUAUGUCGAAAACAGGCAUCCCCACUCACAUUUUGUGUCUUCUCAGAAUGCGUUGGUGCAAUUGUUAAUGAUUGAUGCUACCCGAUAG